AGCUAACUUGAACUCAGAUAGACAGUAGAUUCCAGGGGAGUACGAGACGUGUGUCCGAGUUCUUGAAAGCUCCGUAAGAAAAGUCCAUCAACUAGAUGGGAUUGGUUCGAUAACUCCCCUUAAGUGGUAACAACUGGAUGAAGGUGGAAUCUGCUGUCCACAAACACGUCGCGGUAAAGAUACAUUUGAUUUAACCCGGCCACCAUAAUUCUGUUCAAAUUGAACACAAAAUAUUUUAACUGAUUAUUCCCAAAUUGAACAAUUAUAUCGAGUGUUACAUCGAAAGUAUUUUUUUAUUACAUAUUUAUAUUUUUGCUAUUAAAAAAAUAAAAAAAUAGUAAUUAUCAUACUAUGACUGAAUUCGGAUACCCACUACCUAUAUUCAGCGUUUCGCCAGGGGGAAAACAUAUGUGUACAAGUGGUCGUCACGUUUUAAAAGAUCCGAUUCAAACUGGAUGUGGACAUAGAUACUGCAGACAUUGUUUCAACGUUUUAACAACUAGCUUUACACAAACAGGUCCCGUCUACUGUAAAGGUUGUGAAAGCGAGGGAUAUUCAGACUCAGUCCUGCUACACAAUAAAAUAUAUCCAGAUAGAGCUAUACUACGUGAAUUACAUCAGAUGACAGUCAGUUGUAUCGUGCAGGAGGAGUGCGACUGGCUUGGCUUACUUAAAGAAUAUGACGAUCACGUUACUUUAUGUCCGCAUGUUACAAUUACAUGUGUUAAUAAAAUAGGAUGUGGUGCUUCGAUGAAAAGAAGCAACCUUUCAGAACACCUUGACAAGCACUGUCCAAUGAGGAUUACUAAAUGUAAAUAUUGCACUGAACAAAUACCGUACAGAGAAAUAAAGGAACAUAAUCGAGUCUGCGAUAACUACCCAGUGAAAUGUGAAUACUGUAACCAAGACACCCUAUCACGUAAAGAGUUGAAACGCCACCAGGAUCCUGAGAAUGGGGAUUGCUCCAUGAAAUUAGUCCACUGUUCGUUUAAAACGAUUGGGUGUGAUGUUUUGCUUCCAAGGGGCAGCGUUCAUGAUCAUGACAGUGAAUAUAUACAUAUGCAUCAAGGUAUGCUGCUAAAAACUUGCCUUGAUCUGAAUAACCAAUUUGAGGACAUGGCAUUGGACAGAAAUUCCCUACAGACCACUUGUCAGCAGCAGGCGCGUACUGACAAGAAGAUUGAACAAUUGUUUCAGAGUAUCAAAACAAUGGAAGAAAGUCUCUGUCGCUUUAGUACUGACAGAUCAUCUGGAGCGGCUUUCUCAAUACAGCAAGUUGACGCAGCAAUGACGAGAUAUUCAAAGACAGCAGAGGAACUCAAAAACAAAAAUACCGUUUUAGAAAAUAAGCUUUCGACUUAUGAGGGAAUAGUAGCAGUAUUGAAUAGUCAAAUUGAAAGAGACGCACAGGCUGUACAUACUAUUGAAGGACAACAAAAACGUGACCGAGAUCUUAUCGAAUCACUGGAAAGAAAGAUUAAAUCCCAAGAUAGGAUAAUAGCCCUGAAGGACGUGGCCUUAGCGGAGCAGAAUUUGAUGAUUCAGACUUUGGAACUAGCAUCGUAUGAUGGUAUCAUGGUGUGGAAAAUAGCAGACUUCAAUCGACGUUGCCAGGAAGCUGUAUCGGGGAAGACCACAUCCGUUUACUCACAAUGCUUCUUUACUGGUCGUCAUGGUUACAAGAUGUGCGCACGGGUAUAUCUUAACGGCGAUGGAAUGGGCAAGGGGAAUCAUGUCUCACUGUUCUUCGUCAUCAUGCGGGGUCCAAACGACGCCAUCUUACGUUGGCCCUUUCGACAGAAGGUAACUUUUAUGUGGUUGGAUCAAAAUAAUCGAGACCAUGUCGUCGACGCUUUCCGACCUGAUCCAACGUCAAACUCGUUCCAACGACCUAAGAAUGAUAUGAAUAUUGCUAGUGGGUGCCCUCUGUUUAUGCCAUUAUCCCAGCUUCACAGUCCACGUCACGCUUACGUAAAAGAUGACGUGGCAUUUCUCAAAGUGAUUGUUGACACUACAGAUUUGGGAUGAACGUAUAUACAGGAACCUGAUGGUUAGCGGGUCCACCCAUUGUAUGGGAGAUUGCGGGUUCGGCUCCCAUAUUUGCACAUAUAUGGAGAAUGGCGUUCUUUCUUAGGGAAACGCAAAGCUGUAGGUCCCGUGUACUGUUCCUAUCUCCAGGGCAAGUAAAAAAUCCAAGAGUAGAGGUUUCCGCGGGACGCAUUAAUAAGCUGGAGCCGUCCUACACGUGACAGUUUCCGCUGCACAUUGAAUUUUUGUUUUGAGCGUCAAUCAGACGAGAGUGAAGAAUGAUGUAACCUUGAACAUUUACAUUCAAUGGGCAAUAAAUAAGUAAGCAGCUAAAUCCAACGAAAGCUACUAUAAUUUAUUGGUAGUUAUUUCUUGUUUGUACAUAUUGUAUCGCUAUUUAGUUUAUUUAACAGCCCAUAAAAAUAGUUAUCCUCAAAAAUAAAUAAAUAAAGACAA